AUGGUAUACACGAUCGCUUCGGGAAACUGUGAAUCUACUGUGCAGAGAACAGCUCGUUUAGACAGUGAUGAGCAGAAUGAGGCAUACGUACCAUAUCUCAAACUUAGUCAUGACGAGAUGGUUCGCUUGCGUUUGCAUAAUACGUUGAUCAACGCCGUCAUUGUCACGUAUAUGGUGGGUGGCUAUGUAGCGGCUCUAUAUUUGAUAAUGUGCAUGAAUUCAUUGUUGAUUUUGAUUGCGGCAACCAUACUGCUUAUGCACACUAUGAUUGUGGCACUGACACUUACUCACGAAUGCUCGCAUAGCUGUAUCGCCCAGUCAACAUGGCUUAAUCAUGUAGUUGGCGAAAUUACCUUGGUGAUAUCGGGAGCGUUAUACGUACCGUUUACUGAGUUACAACGACAGCACAAUGAGCAUCAUGCUGUUCAGGUGGGGAUAGACUCGUAUCAAGUCUCACAUAUCUUGUCGACUUGGCCACAUUGGUUACAGAUUUUAAUACUCCCACUGGAAGCCUGCUACAUCCCAGUGCUAUCAUUUAUAUCCUGGUGGCGCACACUGAUCGUACCAUUGUACGUACACAAAUAUCAACACUUACGUAAGCGAAUUGUCAUCGUGUUUGUAUUACGACAUACUUUCUUCUAUACCAUGUGGUGUAUACGACCAAUUUCGCUGGUGUGUUACUUUGCAGCACAUGUGCUGUUCAUCGACGUCAUGCGUGUAUAUGACGCCUAUCACCAUACUUUCCAGAUUGUGUCACGAGGUACGCUACCACCAAAGCACGAUCCUGACUACGAACAACAAACGACCUAUUCUACAGUGUUUGGUCGGAACACAUUGACUCGUCGUAUCAUGGAUAUGAUAUUUUUGAACUACGGUUAUCAUAACGCUCAUCAUCGAUAUCCAAGAGUGCCAUGGCAUCGACUGCAAGAGUUGGAUGCAAUAAUGUAUCCUAAAUCGAACGGGCAUAUUAUACGUCUCCCAGGUGCACUGAAAGAAUAUCAUAGAAGACGCAUCGAUCGGAUUACUCAAAAGCGAGGCGACUCGUUCGGUAAACCAAAACUCAAUCCAGCGAAAGAUGCCGAUAGUCUGCUGAUAAACAACUACAUUGGAGUUGUGAUGAAUAUAUCCAGCUUAGUAUUGGACGUCGGCGAUUAUAGUAUGGAAAGACAUUAA